AUGACAAGUGUUGUAGUCGGAGGACUAUUCAACGCCGUAGCAUUUGCAGGAGCCGGAUACCUGUUCAGCAAAUUAAACCACAGUGGAUACGAGGGCGAAAUGAAAAGACACAACAAAGCGUUGGGAAAAUUAGCCAAGGCUAAGGAAAAAUGGUAUGAAAGUCAAGUGGAAAAAAAGAACAGAAUUGCAAUACUCAGGCAGGAACUAGUCGACGCUAAAUCGGAUAUGGAAACGACAAACCGUGCUCUUGACUCCCUGCGGAAAGCGCAGGAGGAACUGACCCUGGAUAGGGAACCGACGAUUCACGAUUACUACAAACCAUCAAGCGAAAUGGAAGAAUACCAACAGAUCACGAUUGGAAUAUUGGGACUGGGGUCUGGAUUCGUAAUUACAAAAUUACUGUAGACCCGUCGGAAUUUUAAUGUUCCUUCGAAUAUUAAAAUUGAUUUCUACUGUCUUAGGCUUUUGUGCCCGAUUGCUAGCGUGUGGAUUCCAUCAUUCAUAAUUAUCCUCUUGUCAUCAUUUGCUGAUAGGGCUACCUUAACGAUCCUUUCCGUAUAUAUUUCGUGUAACCUGCUUCUGAAGACAUUCAUUCCCCUCCAUUGUUUCUCACCACUGAAGAGACAUUCCUUAUAGUUUUCGAAUGUUAUUCCUUUUUUGAUGACUACUUUCUUGACUCCCUUACACUUCUUUCCCUCACCGCCGCCUUCCGCUAUUUUGUAAGCAUAUAGCUUCGACCUUAAUCCCGCAAACUCUUCAAUUUGUUUCGCACCCGUUUCCAGCUUCAUCAUCCCGAUGACUUUUUUGUUCACACCCGUUGGGAUUCCGGAUGGAUGGUCCUUACCUAGAUUGCUGGUGUCGAACUUUUCGUGAACAUCUUCGGAUAUGUCCUUGAAAAAAUCCUCGGUCCUAAUUUCGUAGCAUAGGGAGUCCGUGUCCGUGAAUAGGAGCCUGGCAUCAUCCCCAUACUUUGGUUUAAUGUAAUUAUAGUGGAAGUCAUACAUGAGGGUCUUACUGAUGUCAAGGAUGCUCAUCCCCAAUUAUAUAGGUUUAUUCAGUUUUACGGAUGUCUUCAUUAUAUGGACUGCCACUAAGUUUUCGGAAAAAACGGUCGCAGAUUUGUAGUUGUUUUGAGCCAACUUGUUCCACUUCUUCUCGUUAUUAACAAGUCUUAUGUCGACCCUAUUCCUAACAUUUUCCAUCGUCUUUCCAAAUACCGAGUUGUUCAUAAGCUUGAAGAAGUCCUUCUCAAAGUCCGUAGUGCCUUUUGUACGCAGGUCCGUGUUGAGUUGGAUGUAUUCCUUUAUCCAAGGCUUUUCGUAGAAUUUCAGUCCGCGGUGGAUCCUAGUGAUCUUUAACCCCAGGUUCAGGUACUGUUCCAAGUUCUUAUGGUGAAGGACGUAUUUUUCCUUGCCGUUGAGGUUCUGAACGAGUUUUUCCACCUUGUUAAUUAUUAUUUUUUCGGGUGCAAGGGGAUAUUCGUUGUGCUUGCUGUGUAAGUCGUCCGGAUAUUCCAUAUCCACUUCGAGGAUACAGCUAUAGUCUGUCCACUUCUCCAGUUCCCUGUCGCCUGCCGUCCAUCCACUUAGAAUCCUUGAUGGGUAGAGGUUGACUCAUUGCCCAUCCGUACAGGUUGUUCGGGCGGUCCAUAUAGGGUAGGUAUGUGGACCGCCCCUUGUCGUCACGAUUGGUUACCGGUUCAAUGCCAGUAAUUGCCGAAAUAAUCAUGCUAAGCAUUGAUAUGAUUACGGAUGAUAGAUCGGAAAACUUUUUUCCCAUCCACUUUUUGAAUCUUUCCAACCAGGUUAGGUUCUUAGAAAGUUCGAUAUACUUAUUAUCUGCCCUGGCAUACCUUUUGGUGAUGGUGCUGAUUCCACCCGAAUACCCUUUUCGAUGAAUAGGUACAUAUCGCUGACCCUGACAAAAUACCAGCGAAACUCCUCAAAAACUGUGCGUCCAGUAUUUAUUUAUCGCUAUGUGAUCUCUUCAACAAGAGUUUAUCUCUGGGUAAACUUCCAAAUGAGUGGAAACUCUCCAAUAUUGUUCCAAUCCCAAAGAAAGGUCCAGCUGAAGAUGUAUCAAACUAUCGACCAAUAUCUCUGUUGUCCCUGGUCUCCAAAGUCUUCGAACGUUGUGUCUACAACCAACUCGUAUCACACAUUUUCACUCAACUCCACCAUCUACAAUUCGGUUUCCUCAGAGGCAAAUCAACCACCUCACAGCUUCUGCACGUUCUCCAGGAUAUUCACCAAGCGUUGGAGAGUCGAAACCAAGUCGACGCUGUGUAUUUGGACUUUGCAAAAGCGUUUGACAAGGUUAGUCAUAAGCUUUUGUUGACUAAACUUCACAAGUUUGGAGUAAGAGGUGACCUACUAAGUUGGUUUGAAAAUUAUCUCUCCGGCUGCUACCAAAGAGUCACUGUUCUGGGUGAGACCUCGGGUACACUCCCUGUACUGUCUGGAGUUCCUCAGGGAUCAAUCUUGGGGCCCCUCCUUUUCCUAGUAUAUGUGAACGAUCUUCCACAUUCCAUCUCGGGCGAAUCAACUGUGGCAAUGUUUGCCGAUGAUACCAAGUGCUACCGUCCGGUGAAAGAUUUACCCAAUUGCGAAAGUCUGCAGAAUGAUCUCAAUAAUCUCGUGAACUGGUGUACUAUCUGGAAGAUGGACUUAAAUAAGUCUAAAUGCAGAGUAAUGAGCUUCACAAGAAGUCGCCAACCAGUCACAACAAAUUAUAAACUACUGGAUAGUUCUCUGAGGCAACUAUGUCACCAAAAAGACCUUGGGAUUGUUGUCACAAAAGAUCUCAAGUGGACGAAACAGGUUGAAGAAAUAACAUCAAAAGCGAGCUCAAUGCUAGGCUUCAUUCGUCGAACAGCAUCCGACACGCAUAACAUCCACGUGCGAAAGGUGUUGUACCUGUCCUUAGUGCGCAGCAAGUUAGGAUAUGCCAGCCAGGUGUGGGCACCUCAAACUGUCAGCGACAUACUGUCAAUAGAACGGGUUCAACGUCGCGCGACCAAAUUCAUCCUUUCCCUUCCUUACAGAACAGCCACAACAUACAGGGAACGACUACUGGUUAUCGGUAUUCUCCCGGUCUGCUACUGGCACGAAUUUCUAGACUUAGUUUUUCUUUACAAGAGUAUUCUAAGCAACGAUGUCAAUGUGUCAAUACGAACAACCACCCGGACGACUAGAAACGCUGACCCUGUCAAUGGUGUUCUUCUUAAUGUAUCUCGAUGCAGGACAGUUAGCUACAAGAACAAUUUCUAUGUGAGAGCGCCUAGCGUAUGGAACAUUCUCCCUAGCAAUAUUCGUGACACUUCAAGAUCAUUAGCUUACUUUAAAAUCUCUUUAUUCAAUUACUACUUAAACCUUUUAGAACAAAUAUACAACCCGGACAAUCCUAGAACAUUUAAGUCUGUGUGCGUCAAAUGCCACUCAACUCGGUCUCUUGAUAGUUUAUUAG